AUGCAAGCUCUCCAGAGGCUUGGCUCUAUGGGGGCAAUCCCAGGAAAUAUCCACAGGGAUUUACAGAGGAAAUAUUUUCACAAAUUAGUUGCACCAGCUCCCUGGAAGAUCACCACCAAUAUGCUGAUGAAGGAGGAUGGUCAAAGGGUGUCAAAAACUACAGAGUGCCAUGUUCUGCUGCCUCACAGUUGGGCGCUAUCCUUGGAAGAGGGUGACCUCUUUGAAAAGGUGAUGUGCAAAGACGAUGACUUGGUUCAGUUUUGGAAGACCCAAAAGCAGAAUCCUCAAAUGUCGAGUGACAUGUGGAGGAGCCUCGACUUCACAAAGCCUUCUCAGCUUCCAGUGCCCUAUGUGUUGCAUGGGGAUGGGGCCCCAUAUACUGAGAUAGACAGCCUCCAGGUCUUGUCUUUGAGGUGCAUGCUAUCAUCCAGGUCUGUGAGUGAAGCCCAAUUGCUGUUGUGCGCAAUCCCCAAGCUGGCUGCAGAAGAGGAAACCUUUCGCAGCAUCAUGUCUACCCUGGCUUGGUCCUUCAAAGCCUUGAGGGAAGGCAGGGCACCCAAAGUCGAUGUGGAUGGAAAAGCAGUGGAUGGGCCUGGUGCCAGGGGGAAAAGGUUUAGGAGAGGGUGGCUGUGGUGCAUCACAGGGGACCUGGAGUGGUAUGCUCAAGAGUUUGGAUUUCCAUUCGCUGCUAGCAACUUUUUGUGCCCCUAUUGCAAAGCAGACCAAAAAAAGAAGGGGACAGAGAACCCAUUUACUGAUUUCAGACCAACUGCAAGCUGGAGACAUACUGUGAGGAGCAAACAGGACAUGGAGAAACUUUAUGGUUCUCAUCCCUUGUUCAAAGGGGUGCCUGGGUUGAGUGUGUGCAGCAUCAAGCUUGACACCUUGCACACCUUGGAUUUGG